AUGGGUGACAUCACACAGAAAGGCUAUGAAAAGAAGAGGUCCAAAUUAAUUGGGGCCUUCCUCCCUAAGGCACCAGGUAAAGGGAUGGACCCUUCUGUGCCCCACGAGAGGAGAACUCCUGUCACCCCCGGCUCCUCCUCUCGCUACCACCGCCGCCGCUCCUCUGGCUCCCGGGACGAACGCUACAGAUCAGAUGUCCACACAGAGGCUGUGCAGGCGGCUCUUGCCAAACAGAAGGAGCGUGGUAAGAUGGCAGUACCCAUGCCCUCCAAGCGCCGCUCCCUGGUCGUGCAGUCCUCCAUGGAUGCCUACACUCCCCCAGACACGUCGUCAGGCUCAGAGGAAGAGGGCUCCAUGCAGGGUGAGGGCACGCCCACCUCCAGCCAGGGCAGCAUCAACAUGGAGAACUGGAUCAGCAGGGCCAUCCACGGCUCCACAACCUCCUCCACCACCUCCUCCUCCUCCACGCAGAGCGGAGGGAGCGGGGCGGCCAGCCGGCUAGCAGACGUCAUGGGCCAGACACACCUCGAGAACCACUCUACCCCUCCAGAUGUCACCAGCUACACCACAGACUCCAUACAGGUGGAGAGACCCCAGGGCUCCACCACAGCAUCCAGGGCCACGCCCAAGUACGGCAACGCAGAGCUCAUGGAGACCGGAGAUGGCGUUCCAGUAGGUGGCCGAGUGUCAGCCAAAAUCCAGCAGCUAGUCAACACAUUGAAGAGACCCAAACGGCCUCCCUUAAGAGAAUUCUUUGUCGACGAUUUUGAAGAACUUCUAGAGGUGCAACAGCCUGACCCCAACCAGCCCAAAGCGGAGGGGGCUCAGAUGCUGGCGAUGAGGGGGGAGCAGCUAGGGGUGGUCACUAACUGGCCCCCGUCGUUGGAGGCUGCCCUGCAGAGGUGGGGCACCAUCUCUCCCAAAGCCCCAUGCCUCACCACUAUGGACACCAACGGAAAACCACUGUACAUUUUAACCUACGGAAAACUUUGGGUGCGGAGUAUGAAGGUGGCCUAUAACAUCCUCCACAAGCUGGGGAGCAAGCAGGAACCUAUGGUUAGACCUGGAGACCGGGUAGCUCUGGUCUUUCCCAACAACGACCCGGCUGCCUUCAUGGUUGCCUUUUACGGAUGCCUACUGGCCGAACUUGUCCCUGUGCCAAUUGAAGUGCCACUUACGAGAAAGGAUGCAGGGAGCCAGCAGAUAGGCUUUUUGCUGGGGAGCUGUGGGGUGACGGUUGCCUUGACGAGUGACGCCUGCCAUAAAGGCCUUCCCAAGAGCACCACAGGGGAGAUCCCACAGUUCAAAGGCUGGCCAAAGCUACUGUGGUUUGUGACUGAAUCUAAGCACUUAUCCAAACCCCCCAGAGACUGGUUCCCCCAUAUCAAGGAUGCAAAUAACGACACAGCCUAUAUUGAGUAUAAGACGUGUAAGGAUGGCAGUGUGCUGGGAGUGACGGUGAUGAGGAUAGCUUUGCUGACUCACUGUCAGGCCCUCACCCAGUCCUGUGGAUACACAGAAGCUGAGACCAUAGUGAAUGUAUUAGACUUUAAGAAGGACGUGGGGCUGUGGCAUGGUAUUCUCACGAGUGUGAUGAACAUGAUGCAUGUUAUCAGUAUACCCUACUCACUGAUGAAGGUCAACCCACUGUCCUGGAUCCAGAAAGUGUGCCAAUACAAAGCAAAGGUGGCAUGUGUAAAGUCCAGGGACAUGCACUGGGCCUUGGUGGCCCACAAGGACCAGAGGGACAUCAACCUGAGCUCACUACGCAUGCUGGUGGUGGCCGAUGGAUCCAACCCCUGGUCCAUCUCGUCGUGUGAUGCUUUCCUCAAUGUCUUCCAGAGUAAGGGGCUGAAGCCGGAGGUGAUCUGUCCCUGUGCCAGCUCUCCAGAGGCCCUCACUGUAGCCAUCAGGAGGCCGACAGACGACAGUAACCAGCCCCCGGGGAGAGGAGUACUGUCCAUGCAGGGUCUGAGUCACGGGGUCAUCAGGGUGGACUCUGAGGAGAAGCUGUCUGUUCUCACCCUGCAGGACGUGGGCACCGCCAUGCCAGGAGCUCUCAUGUGCGUCGUGAAACCAGAUGGGGUUCCGCAGUUAUGCAAAACAGAUGAGAUCGGGGAGCUGUGUGUGUGUUCUGUCGCCACGGGGACGUCGUACUACGGUCUCUCAGGCAUGACCAAGAACACCUUUGAGGUGUUCCCCAUGAACAGUGUUGGGGCUCCCAUCAGUGAGUACCCCUUCACCAGGACAGGCUUACUGGGCUUCGUGGGUCCUGGGGGGCUGUGCUUCAUCGCUGGCAAGAUGGACGGCCUCAUGGUGGUGGGGGGAAGGCGGCACAACGCUGAUGACAUCGUGGCUACAGCCCUGGCUGUGGAGCCCAUGAAGUUUGUCUACAGGGGGAGGAUAGCAGUGUUCUCCAUCACUGUGUUACAUGAUGAGAGGAUUGUGGUGGUGGCAGAGCAGAGACCUGAUUCUACAGAGGAGGACAGCUUUCAGUGGAUGAGUAGAGUGUUGCAGGCCAUAGAUGGGAUCCACCAGGUGGGGGUGUAUUGCCUGGCCUUGGUCCCCUCCAACACCCUUCCUAAAACCCCUCUGGGGGGAAUCCACCUGUCAGAGAGCAAGCAGCUGUUCCUGGAGGGCUCCCUGCACCCCUGCAACGUCCUCAUGUGCCCUCAUACCUGUGUCACCAACCUGCCCAAGCCCCGGCAGAAACAACCAGAGAUCGGGCCUGCCUCUGUGAUGGUGGGGAACCUGGUAUCGGGGAAGAGGAUUGCCCAGGCUAGUGGCAGGGACUUGGGCCAGAUGGAAGACAAUGAUCAGGCAAGAAAGUUCCUCUUUCUCUCUGAAGUGUUACAAUGGAGGGCCCAGACCACUCCAGACCAUGUGCUUUACACACUGCUCAACUCAAGGGGGACGAUAGCCAGCUCGCUGUCAUGUGUCCAGUUGCAUAAGAGAGCAGAGAAGAUUGCUACCAUGCUGGCGGAACGAGGACACCUGCAGGACGGGGAUCACGUUGCGCUCGUCUACCCCCCUGGGAUUGACCUGAUAGCAGCGUUCUACGGGUGCCUGUACGCGGGCUGUGUGCCAAUCACCGUGCGACCUCCGCACCCCCAGAACAUCGCCACCACUCUGCCCACGGUGAAGAUGAUCGUAGAGGUGAGCCGCUCGGCGUGUAUGAUGACCACAGCGGUGAUCUGUAAAUUGCUGAGGUCGAAGGAGGCGUCGGCAGCAGUGGACGUCAGAACCUGGCCUCCUGUCCUGGACACAGAUGAUUUGCCAAAGAAGAAACCUCCUCUGUUGUACAAGCCCUCCAAUCCAGACACACUGGCCUACCUGGACUUCAGUGUGUCCACCACAGGGAUGCUAGCAGGAGUGAAGAUGUCUCACACUGCCACCAGUGCCUUCUGCCGUUCUAUCAAGCUGCAGUGUGAGCUGUACCCCUCCCGUGAGGUGGCUAUCUGUCUGGACCCCUACUGCGGCCUGGGCUUCGUCAUCUGGUGCCUUUGCAGUGUGUACUCCGGCCACCAGUCCAUCCUGAUCCCGCCUUCAGAGUUGGAGGUGAACCCUGCUCUGUGGCUGCUGGCUGUCAGCCAAUACAAAGUCAGGGACACUUUCUGUUCUUACAGCGUCAUGGAGCUGUGCACCAAGGGCCUGGGCCUGCAGACCGAAUCCCUCAAGUCUCGAGGUCUGGACCUGUCGCGGGUCAGGACGUGUGUGGUGGUGGCAGAGGAGAGACCCAGGAUAGCUCUGACUCAGUCCUUUUCCAAGCUCUUCAAAGACCUGGGCCUUCACCCACGAGCAGUCAGCACCUCGUUCGGCUGCAGAGUCAAUCUGGCCAUCUGUCUGCAGGGUACUUCAGGACCAGACCCAACUACUGUGUAUGUGGACAUGAGGGCACUGAGGCACGACAGGGUUCGUCUGGUAGAGAGAGGGUCUCCACACAGCUUACCACUCAUGGAAUCUGGAAAGAUUCUACCUGGUGUUCGAAUUAUCAUCGCCAACCCGGAGACCAAGGGACCACUGGGAGACUCGCACCUUGGAGAGAUCUGGGUGUGCAGUGGACACAAUGCCAGCGGCUACUUCACGGUGUAUGGAGACGAGGCACUGCAGUCAGAUCACUUUAAUUCCCGUCUGAGCUUUGGAGACACACAGACAAUCUGGGCCCGCACCGGCUACCUGGGCUUCCUCAGGAGGACCGAACUGACCGAUGCCAGUGGGGAACGACACGAUGCCUUGUAUGUUGUGGGGGCACUGGAUGAGGCCAUGGAGCUGAGGGGAAUGAGGUAUCACCCCAUCGACAUUGAGACCUCCGUCAUCAGGACACACAAGAGCAUCACAGAAUGUGCGGUGUUCACCUGGACCAACCUCCUGGUGGUGGUGGUGGAGUUGGAUGGUUCGGAGCAGGAGGCUCUGGACCUGGUUCCCCUGGUGACCAACGUGGUUCUGGAGGAACACUACCUGAUCGUGGGAGUGGUGGUGGUGGUGGACAUCGGGGUCAUCCCCAUCAACUCUCGGGGAGAGAAGCAGAGAAUGCACCUCCGGGAUGGCUUCCUGGCUGACCAGCUGGACCCCAUAUAUGUGGCCUAUAACAUGUAGCCUAUAGCCUGCCAUCUGUAGACCUACUAGACCAUAGACAAGGCCUUGUAUGGACAGACAGUGCUUUAUGUACAUAGUGCAAUGCAACAGGACCUCUGGUCUCUGACAAGAGCAGGGAGAGAGAUGAGAAGAGGACGUGAGUCCCUAGACCCAGGCGCUCGCUGAUUUUGUGUGACGUUGUUGCUAAAAACAAAAGCACCUAAAUUUGGCAGGUGACGGGUUAGUGAAGUGUUGGAUUGGAAUGGGAGGACCUCCAUGUGUAGAUGAUGAGAUAGCAGAGUCCCAGUCUAGUUCAGAUUCUUGCUUUUUUGGUUAUUGCUUUUGAAGUAAGUGUGUAUAUAUUUUCAUGUUGAUUAUUGCUGAAGUCGCUUGUUUUUUUAAUCUGCCCUCUAAGAGGUUAGGGUAUUUUUUAAGAAUAUUUACAAACUGUGGCAAAUGGUAUUUUAUGUUUACCUUUUUUAAUGAUAUCAAUCAUUACAAAUACAGAUAUGUUUUGAUACAGGACAUAUCAAUGUUGUUCUUGAACUUUACAAUAUGAAGUACAAUAAGUUGUUUUAUGUUUGUUGGUUCAUUUUUUCAACCAAGUUUUUAAUUCUGCGCGAACAUUUAUUUUUCUGUAACAACUGUCCCGACUACAAGGGGAACCAGUGUGAUUAUUUUAACUAGGCAAUCUUUUACUCUGUUAUGUUCAAUAUCAUUAUACAUAAAUUAAAGGAAAACACGUUAUUUCAUAUCAUGUAAGUAUGUACAAAACGGAUUUAAUUUAUUUUGUUCUCUUUAGAAGUAUGAGAGAAGACAUUCAAGAAUGUUUUAAUCUUGAAUAUUUGCUAAUAUAAAACAAAGCAUUGUAUUACCUUGAGUGAAUAGUAUCACAUCAAGUAUAUCAAAUAUAAAUAUAGAUCUAUAUUAAUUAAAAGACCUAGGAUUCACCAAUGAAAACAUUUGAAAUGCAGUACUUCUCACUUGCAUGGUGUAGACAGAGCUGAAGUUGUUGCGUUGUUUGAAGGACAUAAAGGGGAGGAAUAUAAGGAUUCAGACUGUUCUCUCAAUAACUGCACACAGACAAAUAAGAGCUCUGAAAGGAUCUAAAGCAAUUUUUGAGAAAUUAUGUGUGUGUGUGUGAGGAGGAUGGUACAAACACCUCUGGUGGGAAUGAUGAUAAUGAAUAUGUCUGUGCUGGCGUGUCACACUUGUAUCUGAAACAACAGGUUGUAGAUGGUCACCAGAAUUGUAAAUAGAAAGUUUAGUCCUUCAUAUUUUUGCAUUGAGAGAUCAAUCAGGGCUCCUAUAUUGAUGUCACAGAGGGAAAAAUUAUGAAAAAGUUCAAGGGAAAAAAAUAAUUUUACAGAAACCCUUUAAAGGAAUACAUGUAGGAGCCACUGAAGGUGGAAUAACAGAUUUGGGGGAGCAUGAAACCUCAUCUGUGGGGAAUCAUACAUGAUUUAAGGUUAAAGUUCAAGGCUAAGAAUGUUUUAGUUAAAAACGUUAGAAUCAUUAAAAGCACUUUCUACACAGCAUUUUUUUUAUUGGCAAGGAUGACCCUGACAUGUUUUUAAAGAUUAAAUGUCUUAACUGAGUUGGCAUAAGUCUUUCAGUUAAAUAAAUAUUUCAAUGAU